AUUUAUAUCUGGAUGAUACAGCAACAAAACGCCAUUGAAGCAACCAGUCAAAACGGAUUGAAGAAUGGGGAGCCAAACAAAGGAGUCAUGUUUUGCUGGUGAACUCAAUCAUUUCUCAUGAAUUUGAGUGUAAUAGCUGUAGCUAAGCAGAACACACAGCACCAGAGCAACACCACCCAAUUGUCACUUAGUUAACAGCAUUUGAAUCAUGGACAGAGUUUUAAAUUGCAGCUCACUGUGUGCAGUGCAAUGUUCCCCAUUUUAUUUAUUUGGACUUCACCAGGGAAGCUCAUGUUGCCCCGUAUGGAUUAGUUAGGGGGUCCAUAAUACAUUUUACCAGAGGCCUUAAUAUGUUAACACCAAUGCGUGCUCCAGGCCUGGGAAGUCACCAGGCGGUUAUGGAGCCGCCUCUCGUCUGUAAGACAUCGCUGAGGGCUUGAGUCGCCCAUCUAACGGAACAGGAAAACGAAGUUAACGCUAGUAGCUAUUAGCUCGUAGCCUAGCUAUGAAACCCUUCUAGCGACAAACCUAGCUUGCCAACACUAAGCGUCUACAGCUUACUAGCCUUACAGCUGAUUAACUAGAGCUGGUAAACACAACCGGAUCAAAUGGUUAAUGCGACUGUGCAGCCAUGGGUGACAUGAAAACCCCCGACUUCGAUGAUCUGCUGGCAGCAUUUGACAUCCCAGAUGCCACUGGGUUGGAUGCCAAGGAGCCCAUCCAGGGAAGCCACGAAGAGACGGUCAGUCCGCUGAAACACACGGGGAUGUGUCUCGAUGACAGCUUACUGAGUAACCAAGCUGUCAUCGCAGAAGAUAUUCCCGCUGUAAGUGUAAUCGUGAAAAACACAAGUCGCCAGGAGUCGUUGGAAGAUUUCGAACCGGCUUCGCAAAAUGGAUUCAGUGGACACGAGACCUCCACAUGCUCUGUUGAGGCAACCAACACUUUAUUUUCUAAAUCGUUUGUCUCUGGUUUGAAUGGGGAUCAUUCAAGAGAGCUUUUUGGAAAUGCGUCUAUUCAUCCCAAACCUGAUGGAACAGCAAUAUUUUCCCAGACACUUUCUGAUUUUAGUCCCAUCUCCAGCCCUGAGCCUGAAGACACUCUGUGCAGUAGAAAUGAAAUGCAUCCAAAACAAGACAGACCCGGUUUCCCUGAAGCUUCAGAAUUUGUACACUCUUCCAUCCUGGAAAAUCCCCCCAAAAUGGACUUCAGCGUGUUCGAUGACUGCCAAAAGGACUAUAUUCCCAUGAACACUGAGAGGAGUAGAGAGGAAAGAAGUACAAGCGAAGAGUCUUCUGACAACCGUGUGACAGAUAAAACACUUGGAUUACACAGUGCACUUCCCCCACCAGGGGUUAACCAGAGCUGUAAUGAGCCCAGCGGUAACUCGGAAACCACAUCGGAUGCCCCAACUUAUCCACAUGUCAAAUCUCAGACAUCUAAAUUAUCUUCUUGCUUUGGGGCUCUGGUCGCUCUAAAUGCUAGAGAAGAUCCCAGCGAGCAGAAAACUCCCAGCGAGUCCUCCGCUGUACGGAAUGACUCUACAAAAGCGCCCUCCAGCGUGCCUAUAUCCCCGCAGAGUCCACUUGAAGCUGUGAAACGGUUCUGGAAACCCUCCGACAGUCCCGUAAGCAUAUGCAGUGACAGUAGUGGCAAAGCAUCCCCGGCGGUGGCAACUGGGUCGCCCCCUGCCAUACCGAGGGUAAGAAUUAAAACCAUCAAAACCACAACUGGGCAGAUCAAGCAUACAGUCACCAGCGUUCUGCCUGAUUCGGAAACCGAUGAAAAUAACUCCGCGUAUGAAGCUUCUCCCUCUCAGAGUCUGAUUAGUGAAGAUUCUUCCUGCAACGUGUCUCCUCGUCAGUCUCAAAGUGCGUCCGUUGAUAGGAUUGUUGGCGCGCAAACCAAACGUACGCCGGAAAGUACGUCUUCACCAAGAGCUUUAGUCAAACAAUCAGGGGUCAACUCCCGGAGGUCAGGCACAACACAUUGUGCCACAUUAUUCCAUAAGACUGGUGGUCUGGUCAAGCAUUCUGCUGCACAGCAGGGGCAGAAACUAAAGAGAGGCUCGGCUACAAGAGGCCCAAGUACCACCAGUUUCCUUCCCAAAGCAAUGCACUUAGCUAGCCUGAACCUGGUCCCUCACAGCGUGGCUGCUUCUGCGGCGGCGCGAUCCACGCCUCAUCCUCAAAGCCAACGCGCGCCGACCUCCGCGGUCGACAGCACCGUCCCGCUUGUGCACCAAGUCAAAUUGCCCAGCCCGUGUGCUCGCGCGUCCGUUACCAACACAGAGGCGGUAACCUUAAACAGACGGUUGAACCGUGCCAAUCCUGUGCCUACGUACGUGCCCGACCUGAACCCCCCGCCAGACAGCAACAUCAACCUACCGGCGCGCGGGUACUGCUGCCUCGAGUGCGGGGACUCCUUCGGGCUGGAGAGUAGCCUCGCGUAUCACUACAGCAGGAGGAGUGUUCACAUUGAAGUCGGAUGCACACACUGUGGAAAGACAAUGGUGUUCUUCAACAAGUGUGCCUUGCUGGCGCAUGCGAGGGAGCACAAGAACAGCGGCGUGAUGAUGCAGUGCACGCAGCUCCAAAUGAAACCCAUCGCAGAGGAGCUGAUGUUUGUGCCUCAGAGUGCCGUGAAUGUGGACUCUCACGACUCGCCGUCGCGUAAAGGUCAGCCUGUCCUGCCCCUGUAUCCAGACAGCGCCAUGCAGCGCCAGCGCCGUUGCCUGGAGUGUAGCAAGCAGUUUCCUGACCACAAAGCACUGGCGUGCCACUACCAGAGGCCGGCAGAAGAAGGGGAAGGACUUAUGUGCAAGGUGUGCUCGAUGUUAUUGCCCAACAAGUGCAGCUUUAGGGCUCACCAGCGCAUCCACGCACACAAGUCCCCUUACUGCUGUCCCGAGUGUGGCGCCCAGCGUCGUUCUGCAGACAUACAGAAACAUGUCAGGGAAAACUGUCUGCACUAUGCUCGCAAAGCUUGGUACAAAUGUCUUCACUGCGAUAUGGUGUUCAAAACCCUUCAACCCUGCGAAGUGUAUUUAAAAAAUAAACACAGCGGAAGCAAAGUGUCCCCUCUGACAAUCUUUAAGUGUUCAUGUGAGAUGGUUUUCAAGAAAAAGCAGUCGCUGCUGCAGCAUUUCCAUCAAAACGCCAGCAAGCGUGUUACGUGUGUAUUCAAGUGUCCCGAAUGCAACUCGGUCUUUCCACAAAAGCAGUUGUUAAUGCAUCACUUCAAGGGAGUUCACGUAGGAAACACGACAGCAGAGACGGAACGGACAAGUGAACAGACGGACAAUCCCGACUGCAACCAGGAUGCUAAUUCUGUUCAGCAACAGAAGACGCAGUGCCCGGUUAAACACACAGAGGGCCCCAGAAAAGAGGCUGAGCGGGACAGAAGCCCUCGUGGGAAGCCCACUGGCUGGACAUGUGGCGAAUGUCUCCAGUGGUUCCCUGAACGGGACUCUUAUGUUGCUCACGUGAAGACCAACCACAAGAAGUCAGUUAAGAAGUAUCCAUGUCGACAUUGCGAGCAGUCUUUCAACUCUACAACCAGUCUGAGAAGACACAUUCGCAGUGACCAUGAUGGAAAAAAGAAAAUUUACACUUGCUGGUAUUGCACGGACACCAAGACCACAUUCACCACCAGCGUCAUGUUGAAGAACCACAUCAGUUUAAUGCACGGAAUCAAAAAUCCGGAUCUUAGCCAAAUGCCGAAAACAACCGUCCAGGAUUCAAAAAAGGCUUUUGGCAAGGGGCUCUUAUCAGAGCGACCCGCCGUAGACACACAGGUGGAGGCGCAGGAGGGCGCUCGCGGUCUUGGCGCUCCUCCAGCGAAACGUCUGAAGACUCAGUUCCGCUGUUCAAAAUGUGGCUUCGUCACAGAUGACGGUGCACAGUUCCAGCGGCACAUACCGCAGCAUAAAACGGACAAAAGCACCCCGCAGUGCCGUCACUGCGGCCUGUGUUUCACGUCUCCGUCGUCCCUCAACAGACAUCGUUUCAUCGUGCACAAAGUCAAAGAAACAGAGGGGGUGGGGAAAAGAGGAGAGGAGGUCGGGUCGAGGCAGAAGGUGCAGGUUGAUGAGCCAGUUAGAUCAGCGGACAGGGACGAGGUCGAUGACUUGUUGCCGGGCCGAAACGAACCUGAGCCCCCGCGAGUAGCAGAGCGAGUGAGUCCGGGUCCCUGUGACGAGACCCCGGACGGUAAUGUGAAACAAGGCGCACACUCUCCGAUACAGGCGGCAUCUCUCCCGUAGGGAGACUCCUUCUGCUUUAGUAUCUUCAGUGUUCAUGUGAACGUAACGAGGGGUUGAUGUUCUGUAUGUUCGGCCAAUUCAAUUCAAUUUUAUUUCAGUUAUUCAGAGGCUGUGCAGUCUAUUCAAGCACAUCCUUGACAAUUAAUAAAGGACGCUAUUUUCAUGAAUGAGAGGACAAAUUAAAAUUAAGUUUUCGAUUGCUUUUACUUAACUUUGCAUGUUGGUAAUGUAUUCAUCUUGCCACGCAGACUUAUUACACCUGAAGCUUUUCUUAUAGAUAUUAUUUGUUCUUUCCCGGAAUGUUCCAUCCACCUUGACGCGAGACACCGCAUGGUCGUCAUUUUUUAGUUUUAGUAUUGAUCGAUGUCAAAGGGAAGAGGUGGAUUUUGGCCUUUUUGUCAUCAACUUUUAUUUCAAAGGCUUUUUUGUAUUUAAUACCGCACAUUAUUACCUGAAUGGUAUCCAGGUUGCAGUUUCUAUGUUAUGACUGUUGCGAAUAAUUUGCAGUACAAAGCUAGAUUUGUAGUUGCCACUUAUUAGAAAACAUGCUAUAGUUCGGUGUUCAUUUAAAGUAAAAUCUCUGCAUUCUUGGUAAACCGUUAAUUGUAAAACAAUCCUGAUUUAAAUACAGAAGAGUUGUCUUGCUAAGCAAAGCCUACUAAGACUUUCUUUUGCGUAUUUACGCAUUUUGCUUUGCUGGCAAAUGCUUUUGAGUCUUUAGGUGAACGUGUUUGAGUCAUGGGUGCAUGUGUUGUCCCAAAUCUGUGCUUUUACGUGUAUUUUGUGAACGAGUGUUAAGGUGAAGCUUGGAGAGGUAUGUGUGAGGUGUGUGUGGUGCAGCAGUAUUGAAAAUACCUCAAAUUGCCACAAGUGUAUUUUUCAGGCAAGUGAACGUUGAUGUCAAAUCAGGGUACAUUGUUCUGGAGGAUCCAGAGCAGGUGUGUGAAAGUGAAGUUUGGCGGCAUAUUGGAGAUGGUGUUUUUUUAAAUCGGGACCUGUUGACAUAAUGACGAUAACAUUACUAGCGUGAUCAGUAGAGUUUGUUAAUUCUCUAAUGAUUUUGGAAUGACGCAGCGAGCGGAGGGUACUUCGGUUUGCACGUCCUGAUUUGUAAAAGCAGCACCUCCCUGAUUUGUUUUGAAUAUGUGACAGUUCCUACCUCCAUGUUUAAUGGCAGUGAUUGUUAAAAAAAAAGAGUUGAGGAGUUGCAGGUAACCUCAGUGCAAUGUAAAGAAAAAAUAGUUUGUGAAAUGUACUAUCCCACAUUAUUGAAUUUUAUAAAUUAUUUGGGGAAUGACGUCAAGGUUAUAUGGUCAUAUUGACUUAACCCGCAAGUGAACUUUUCUAUUUAAGUGCUGUGUAAGCACUUUGUUCCUCUGUAAUCUUACAUCCUUCAUUUACCCAGCUGCAGCUGUUGAACUGCAGAAACUGAAAAGAAUCUCACUAUUUGUUCCUUUUUAAUGCUUGUUGAAAGGUAUUUGUACUUUUGAUAUUGUGUAAAGCAAAGUCUCAAGUAGGAAAGUAACAUGUGUACAUAAGUAGCCAAUGAACCCCACGACUCUCAGCAUUUCUUAAGCCAUUACGUCUGUUCAGCAUGCGGUGGCACAUGUGCCUUGCUGUAAUGUUUACGUCAAAGUACCUAGAAAUAAAUUGGUGCAUUUAAUUAUCUA